AUGGCUGAACAACAAGAAUACCGUAAUGUAGCUCCAAGAAUAUGGCAAGAAUGUGCCGGAAGUUCUUUCACAGUUCCCAAACUCCAUUCUAAAGUUUAUUAUUUUCCUUUUGGUCAUUUAGAACACUCUCCUGUAACCCCUACCGCUCAAACACUCUCCCUCCUCCGCCCAUUCAUUCUUUGCACGGUCUCUUGUGUUGAUUUUCUUGCACAUUCUGAAACUGAUCAAAUCUGUGCAAAACUACUCCUCACUCCCGUUGUUCUUCCCGUCGAGGCUACCAACGAAGGUGAUGAUCAUGUUGUUCUUCCCGUCGAGGCUACCAACGAAGGUGAUGAUCAUGUUGUUCUUCCCGUCGAGGCUACCAACGAAGGUGAUGAUCACGUUGUUUCCUGUGCCAAGACUCUGUCUAAUUCUGAUGCUAACAAUGGAGGUGCAUUCUCCGUGCCUCGAGCAUGCGCCAAAUCCAUCUUCCCGCCGCUUGACUUGACAACUCCGUUGCCGUCUCAAGAACUCUCCGUCACAGAUGUUUGCGGUGUUGUAUGGACCUUUCGCCAUGUCUAUCGCGGGAAUCCCAAGCGAUUCCUGUUCACCACCGGCUGGAGUGCAUUUGUGGACAAGAAGCAACUCGUCUGCGGGGAUACCCUUGUUUUCAUUAAAAACUCAGCUGUAAAUAUAUUUGUUGGAAUCCGUCGGAAAAAUAUGUUUGCGGCGGCUAAUAAAAUAGCAGAAAAGACAGUUAUUAAUGCAAUAGAAUUGGCUGGGAAGAACACACCAUUUGAGGUUGUGUGUUAUCCGAGGGUUGAUGAUUCUGAUUUUGUGGUGGGAGAUAAAGUUGUGGAGGAUGCAAUGAAGAUUCAUUGGUAUCCUGGAAUGAGAGUUACACGCACAGUGAAGAAUGAGAAUUCUUCAAAGGGAUGCACAACUCUUCAUGGGACAAUAUCUGCAAUUUCCCAUUCUUCAACUAAUCCAUGGCGCAUGCUACUGGUUGAAUGGAAUGAAUUCGACAUCUCGGAGAAACUAAAGCAUGUAAGUCCGUGGCAGGUAGAACCUGAUUUUAGCAUACCUCAAGAGCUUCAACUAUUCGCCCCAAUAAAACGGCUAAGAACUGCUCGAGAGUCUACCUUAUUAACUGAUAAGGAAAGAGUUGUUUCUCCUAUUUCAAUGGAACCCUUGCACCAAACACCAUUGAAUUUUGAUUUCAGACAAAAUCCUUUGAAAGAUACUUCACUUGACAAAAGUUCAAUGGAAGGGUCUAAUAAUGUGUCAAUUCAGCUAAGCAUUACAAAUCAUAAAUCUCAUGACCAUAAUAUUUUCAACUCUUCUGGUAUCCGCAACUCCAACACUGAAGAAGUUAGGCCUGAUUAUAUAAAAUUAUUUGGUCAGAUCGUCCGGCCCUCUAAAAAUAGUAUUGACUUUUAUGAGAAGCUGAUGGUUGUGAGAAGCGAAAAUGAAGUUGAAGAUCCGGUCAAAUCUGUUGAGAAAAAAUAG